GCCACGUCUUGAAUUGACAUGAAAUCCCAUUAGAUCUCACACUGCUCAAAAAUGAAAAUGAAGAAUGAGCUACUUGUGGACGUUAGCCAGCACCCAAAGAUCUACUAUCUAAGUUGGUUCCGCCGGCAUAUUCACAUCCUUGUCCUUGUGAAACGUGGUGAUUCGUUAUAAGUGAUGGGAACGUUUCUCUCUUGCUGUCACAAUCAGACAAGCUGCUUCUAGGUUCUCCCGUGCCAACCCAAGCCUGCCCAAUUUCAGUACUAUUUUUUGCGAAGUGCUAUAUUCUGACUGUCUGGUUCACAUUCGACCCACACGAACUUCAGAUCCAAAUUUUCUGCCGGAACUAUGGACAAGGAAUAUUACUCUCGCUAUUCUCCUGUCGAUGGAGCAAACGACGACGAUGACGGUGCAAAACUCCUUGAUAGUACAGAAACCAGACUUCCAUCAACAUCCCGCUUCCUUCACCUAUGGCCAUGGCUAAGUUAUAGUGUGCUGAUGUCCACAACGAUGCUGUUCUUCAUGCUAUGGGUGCAGGCGCCGUCGAUCGAUGACUUAGUACCGUAUUCUCCAGCAAAUGAGGCUAUCGAAUCUAUCGGCAUCAUCAGACUCAACGGAAGUUUUGGUGCUACUUCCAUAUAUCGUGGCACCCCGAACCCAGAACUCGAAGCCGCUUGGGAAGCGAUAUCUAUCGAUGCGGGGGCAGUUCGUAUAAUGCCUGAUGAACUGCUCAGAUCAGGGGAAAAACCUUCUCCCUCCAUGGUUAGAUAUCCAGACGAAUAUGGCGGAGGUUAUAUGGCGACGAUUACAGCCAUUCACAUGCUCCAUUGUACAAACAUACUUCGCAGAGCGAGCCGGGGCGACUAUUACAGAUCCUCUGAUUAUUCCCUCCACGGCUCCCCCGAGAUAUGGCGUACUAAUCUUGACCACUGCAUCGAAAUGCUCAGGCAGAACAUUAUGUGUCGUGGUGACGUGUCAAUGGUCACUUAUGACUGGGUGGAGGAUGACGAACUUCCCACUCCUAAUUUCGACGUUCCCCAUCAAUGCAGAAACUUCGAGAAGAUAUUGGAUUGGGUAGAAGAGAAUCGCGUAAUUCUCCCUCAAUCCAAAAUGGUCCGCUCGGAGGAUACCAUCGACCUGCUUUCCCCUCCUUGAUUGCAUUCUUGAUCCAAUUUGUUCCUGAUGACGGCUUUGACAUAGAUCAUAAUACGCCGGACGUAUCCACAGAAACGUAUGGUUUUACUACGAAUUGAGUUCCAUAGACUAUUAUACCAGAAGAUGCCCGAAUGUA